AUGCCAGUAGCUGUCCCACAAAUCUUCAAGUACGAUUACGUACCGGAGACUAAAGAGAACUUGGAUUGGGCUGACCUACCUACAAUCGACUUAUCUAAAUUUUCCAACCCCGAGGGAAAAGCUGAACUUGCUCAAAUAUUGAUCGAAGCAAUUCGAACUAAAGGUUUCUUCUACGUUACCAACUUCGGUAUCCCCCAGGAGAAAGUCGAUCGACAAUUCUACCUCGGUUCCAAGUUUUACGAUUUACCAUUAGAGGAGAAAUCCAAAUAUAUUCCUGAUUUGGAAAAUGGGGAGUAUAAUGGGUAUAGACCUGCUGGAAGAGCUGCGUUGGCUGGGGGUGUAAGGGAUCAGACCGAGGUUUAUAAUAUCCCUAAAUUCGACGGAUACCACGAUAGAGAUCAUCCAGAUGUAAUCAAAGAGAACAUCGGUGAGAUCGAAGAAUUUGCCCGAUCACUUCACACCAAUGUUCUUGAUCCUCUUCACGCCCUAAUCGCCAUCGCCCUCGAAUUGCCAGAAGAUUUCUUCAUCAAUCUCCACAAGUACGAGAACCCUUCAGAAGAUCAUCUUCGUUAUAUGAUGUACAGGCAUUUCUCAGGUGAUCAACUCAAGAAACUCACAGAGGAAGGUGAUGGGUUGUAUUCAUUGGGUCAUACAGAUUUGGGUACAUUGACUUUAUUAUUCCGACAACCUGUCGCUGCGUUACAGAUCAAAGAUCAUAAGACGAAUGAUUGGAAAUGGGCUAAACCACUUGAUGGUUCUUUGACUGUCAAUACCUGCGAUGCGUUGAGUUUCUUAACUGGAGGUUACAUCAAAAGUACCGUUCAUAGAGUAUCGGUCCCUCCCCCUGAUCAAAAUCAGUACGACCGACUAGGUUUACUCUACUUUGCUCGACCCUCCAACGACCUCCCAUUGAAAACUAUCAAAUCCCCCUUGUUGGAAAGAGAAGGUUUCACUCAGAAUGAAUUCGAGAAAGGUGGUCACAAAGUACCUACGAUGGGAGAGUUCGUCAAGCUCAAGCAGACUUGGCAACAGAAGAAGAGACAGAACUAUAGGGAAAGGGAAGAUGAGGUGAUUGUAGAAGGUUUCAAGGGGAAAUAUCAUGAUUAG